UGGUAAUCUCCACCUUUGACAGAAUAUUGGUUAAUUUAAUACCAUAAGGGUCAGUCACUACCCGAAGAGUGAAACACUUGCUACUAUAGUAUACUGUAUUUUGUAAAUCGCUUUGUCUUGCAUGUCGCCAUUUACUAAUAAAUAAAGACAAAAAAACAACAAAUGUGUGUCAUCACUGGCGUCUAUCAUAGAAAAACAAACACGCGCAGCCAAAAGAUUCCACCUUUUCUAUACACUCAGAUAUUAUUAUUAUUAUUAAACACACUUUCAUCACCAUCAUUCACACACACUCACUCCAAUUCCCUUCUCAAGAGAUCCAUACAAUCUAUGGAAAAUUCAAUACAGUUCGACUUAAUUGUCGUCGGAGCUGGCGUCAUGGGAAGUUCCACCGCCUAUUACGCCGCCAAACACGGCCUCAAAACCCUUUUACUUGAGCAAUUCGAUUUCCUCCACCACCGUGGAUCCUCCCACGGCGAAUCACGCACAAUUCGUGCUACCUAUCUCCAACCUCAUUACUACCCUCUCGUUCUUCAAUCCUACAAACUUUGGCUAGAAGCCCAAGCCCAAGUUGGCUACAACGUUUACUUCAAGGCCCCUCAUUUAGACAUGGCCCACUUCAACGACCCAACCAUCUUAGCCGUCAUCGAAAACUGCCGGAAACACGGCGCCCAACACCAUCUCCUCAACCACAUGCAGGUCGCCCAGAAAUUCUCCGGCAACUUCAACAUACCGGAAGAUUGGGUGGGCCUGUCCACAGAACACGGUGGGGUAAUAAAGCCCUCAAAAGCCGUUGCUAUGUUUCAGACACUAGCUUACAAAAACGGAGCCGUUUUAAAGGACAAUGCUGAAGUAACUGAUAUAAAAAACGACGGAGGCGUUGUCGUUUUAACUGCGAGCGGUGAAAAGUUUCACGGUAAAAAAUGCGUGGUAACUGUCGGGGCGUGGGUGAAUAAGUUAGUUAAGAAGAUAAAUGGAGUUGAACUUCCCAUACUACCCGUGGAGUGUCACGUAACUUACUGGAGAAUUACAGAGGGGCAUGAAGGGAAAUUCGCAAUUGGGAAUGAUUUUCCAACUUUUGCCAGCUUUGGGAGUGUGUAUGUGUACGGAACACCAACUUUGGAGUAUCCGGGUUUGAUUAAAGUUGCGGUUCAUGGUGGUAACCCGUGUGACCCGGAUAAGAGACCGUGGGGCCCACUUGUUAUGAUGAAUGAGUUGAAGGAGUGGGUUGAAGGGAGAUUUUCUGGUUUGGUUGAUUCGAGUGAACCUGUGGUGAAACAAUCCUGCAUGUAUUCAAUGACGCCUGAUGAGGAUUUUGUGAUUGAUUUCUUGGGUGGUGAAUUUGGGAAGAAUGUGGUUUUGGGUGGCGGGUUUUCGGGUCAUGGGUUUAAGAUGGCUCCUGUUAUUGGUAAGAUAUUGACUCAACUUGUGGUGGAUGGGGAAACUAAUGAGGUUGAUUUGAAACAUUUCAGAAUUGGAAGGUUCAACUUGACCUCUAAGAUUUAAGGAUUUGAGUUCUUAAUGAGUUUCUCUCUUUUGUUGUUAAAUCUAAUAAUAAUAAAUAUUUUCCUAUGGUUGUUCAACAUAUGUUGCUUUGUUAGCUAGUGAUUGUAAUUCAUCUUUUUUUGUUUUCUUAGUUGCAUGUUACAAACGAUUCACGUAAUCGUGACAUGAGACUAUGUUCAACUUCUAAUCAGUUACGCUAUUUGGUUGUUUCCCUUUUCUA